UUGUUCCCCAACCCUCAUGGCAUCGACCGUUGAACUUGCAUCCUCGUUCAUUGAGGGUGCCCCGCCAGGCGAGCUCGGCGAUGUUGUAUCCGACAUCAAAACCCUUACCUCCGACGGCGAUGACAUCAUCCCCUCUCUUACACCUGCCUUCGAACGAUACAAUGAGACACAGCUGGCGACCGUGAAGCUGCCCGGAGCUAGUCAGGAGGUUAUUGUGAGCGAAUUCAACAAGCUAGAAGGGAACCGAUAUUUCGAUGUGGAAAGCCAGACGUCGUUUGAAGUCGACCAUGUUGCGCAAGAAGCCUCGGCGUCGCAGUCGUACGUUUUGGACUCGCAGAAUGCUGACUUGAUCAAAUCCCUCCUCAAGGCGCUGGGGCGGCAUGCCCAGGAACACUACCCAACCUCCUCGUACGGUGUAUACCCGAUUGAGAACGACUCGGCUGUUGCCAUUUUACUCGUCGCUAACCGCUACUCUCCCAACAACUAUUGGAACGGCCGGUUCCGCUCUAUCUACCAAGUCCCCGUUGGCGACUCCACAACCGUCACUGGCAAGAUCCAUGUCGACGUGCACUACUACGAAGACGGAAACGUCUCGCUCAACACCACGAAGCCCGUCAGCGUAUCCGUACCCAAUGCCACCGGGGAGAGCAUCAUCUCGCGCAUUGCGGCCGCCGAGCGCAGCUACCAGGAGGAACUGAACAAGGCUUUUGGUCAGAUGGCCGAGGGUGCCUUCAAGUCCCUGCGGAGGCAGCUCCCGAUUACGAGACAGAAGGUUGAGUGGGAGAAGGUAGGCGGGUAUCGCCUGGGACAGGAUAUCUCCGGUGGAAAGGGACGGUGAGAGGAUGGAUAUGCACGGUGUUAGGUUAUUUAUUAUGCACAUAGUGAGAUACAGUUGAUUGUUUGCUGUGGAAUUCUAUUCCCUGGCUACUUUACUAUAUGGAUCUAAAGCCCUAAGCAGUGGGUGUAAGGUGACUUGCCCCCCCGAGUAUUAUUAUUCCACCUGCAGGCUUCACUUAUCCAGUACCCUGUGCAUCUGGCCAUUAAUUUCCCUCAUCAGACUCCAAAAACUC